GGAAGUGCAGCUUUCCCGUCGCCAUGGCGGCGGCGGCGGCGCGGGCCCGGGCGGCCCAAGCUCUGGACGCUGCGGUGCCGCGGGACGUGGUGCUGUUCCGGCACGAACGGGGCUCCUUCUUCCGCCUGGCGGGGCUCUUUUGUGCUGGACAGGGCGUCUUCUGGGCGUCCCUCGCCCACUCCGCCUUCACGGGGCUGCGCCCACCGCCCCCCGGGGUGGGGCCCGACGAUCCGCUGCGACCCCGCGACAACAAAUGGCGGUGGGCGUUCACCGCCGCGUGCGCCACUCUGGGCUCUCUGAUCGUGGCAGCCGGCUGCUUCAUCCCCCUCCGCUCCGUCCGCCGGCUGACGCUGCACCGGGGUGGUUCCACCGUCACCAUCUCCACCCACGGCCCCAUGGGGUUGGGUCCCGGCCUCUCCUUCACCGUCCCCCUCCGUCACCUCUCGUGCCGUGCGCACCGCUCUGACGUCCGCACCUCCAUCCCACUGAAGGUGAAGGGCCGAAUUGCCUUCUUCCUCCUGGACGCCCGGGGGCAGCUCGACAACCCGCGCCUCUUCGACAUCACCGUCGGUGCUUACCGCAAGCUGUAGGGGCUGCUGGGUGACACUGAGGCGGUGUUGGCACCCCCAGAGGUGUUGACACCCCCAAAUGCCACCUCUUGAGGUGCUUUUGCCUUCUAAGAAUGGUUACAGUGUGAUGUCUGCUCGUCGUUUCCUGAGGUGUUGUCGCCCCCAAAGCUGUUUAUUGCCUUCCAAGAAGGGUUCCAGGGUGAUGAUUGUCUGGUUGUCACUUCUUGAGGUGUUGUCACCUUCUCUUCUUGCGCUGUCAACCCCACGAGAGCACUGCACCUGACCAGUGUGUCCCACUGGGGUCUGCGUGGGUCCUAUGGGGGAAUCUAUGAGGCUGGGGUUAAUCCUGUGGGGAAUCUGUGGGUCUGGGGAUGUCCUAUGGGGGAAUGUAUGGGGCCAGGGGGCGUUCUGUGAAUGAAUCUAUAGGGUUGGAGGGUCACCCUAUGGGGUGUGAGUGAGGCGGGGGGCUGCCCAAUGGGGUACAUAUGGGGCGGGGAGCGUCUCGUGGGGCGGUGCGCUCUCAGAACUACAAUUCCCAUCACCCCCCUCGGGGCAAAAGUCGCGAUCCGUCUUACUUCCGCCUUGAUGGGAGGAGAUCUUCCGCUGCGUGUUGCGCGUCGUUUCCGGCGCAUUUUACGUCACUUCCGCUCUGGCGCUAAGCAAAAUGGCGACGCUCAUCCGCGUUCCGGCGAUCCCGGAGGAGAACCGCGCGGUUCGGGCGCAGCUGCUGCCGUGUUCCAUUCGGUAUAGAGGCCCCGCGCCCGUCCGGGCGUUCCUCAGGGCCCGGCCCGGCCCGGACGGCGAGCUGUGGGCCUCAUUCCGCGGGCGCCGACUGGGGGGCAGAGAGCGACCCCUGCCCCAUGGAUACCAGGGGGGCAUCCUGCAGCGCAGCCCUCCCAGCAGCUUGGACAGUGACCUACAGGAGGUGACGGUGACGGCGACGUUUGGGGCCAUCACAGAGUGGGAGGCUGACAGCGUCCCCCCCCCCCAGGGGGGGUUGGCACACGCACUGCAGUGGGGGCCGCUGGCACAGGCGAUCCAUUCCCCAGUCCCAGAUGACAGCGAGGAGGAGGCGGAGCCACGGUAGACCACACCCACAGAGCCACCGAAGACCACACCCCAAAAGGGGCGAGGCCAACACAAGCCCCACCCACUGCUGGUGAUUGGUGAACCCGCCUGGGUGGGGGAGGAGCCUCCAUAAUACCACACCCCCUACAUGGGUGGAGCCAUCAGAGACCACGCCCACUCCAAUAAAUCCACCCUCUGCGUCCA